GAAAAAAACUCAAAGACAAAGAAGAGAUUGAAACAACCAAACACGGUCUUGAUAAAAUCUCUAAACCACAAAAGUCACGAAAGCCACCCCGAUCAAAGCUCUCCUCAACAGAAAAACUUCAAACUUAAAAUCCAUGGACAGUUCCGAUUCGACCCACAAUUCCACUCCCCCACCGUCACCGGCAAAAGACAUAUUCAUUCUCUCCGGUCAAAGCAACAUGGCCGGCCGCGGCGGUGUCGUAAACAAGCACUGGGACGGCGUCGUUCCACCCCAGUGCAGUCCCCACCCCUCCAUCCACCGCUUCUCCGCCGAUCUCAACUGGGUCCCAGCCAGCGAGCCACUCCACGCAGACAUAGACAGCAAGAAAGUAUGUGGCGUGGGCCCCGGAAUGUCCUUCGCUAAUGCUGUCAAGGAUGUUGUCGGAGAAGUGGGUCUGGUACCGUGUGCGGUUGGUGGGACCGCAAUUGCAGAGUGGGCCCGGGGUUGUCACUUGUAUGAGAAUAUGAUCAAGAGGGCGAAGAAGGCUGUGGAGAGUGGAGAUGGGAGGAUUAGAGCGAUGCUCUGGUAUCAGGGAGAAAGUGACACGUUAUCCAAGCAUUGUGUUGAUGCUUACAAGGUAAAAAUGGAGAAGCUUAUUGACAAUGUGCGUCAGGAUCUUGCUUUGCCUCACCUUCCUAUAAUUCAGGUAGCAAUAGCCUCAGGAGAGCACAAGUAUAUGGAAAAGAUAAGAGAAAUACAGAAGGCAAUAGAUUUGGAAAACGUAGUGUGUGUAGAUGCCAAGGGGUUGGAACUCAAGGAAGAUAACUUGCAUCUAACCACAGAGGCCUGUGUUGAAUUGGGUCAAAUGCUUGCCCAUGCCUAUCUCACCCAUUUCGGAUCCAAUCCAAGUAUGUAACCACUUCAGUUGUGAGCUUGUGCUAGAUUAUUACAGCUUGUCCCUUGCAAGUUGCAGCUUGUCUUUUUGUGGCAGAAGAUCCGGAGAUCUUGUUAUCAGUAACGACAAAAAUAUGUUGCAGGGAAGAUCCCAAACGACCCAAGUGGCUGCUAUAACAAUAUGUACACUUGGAAUUUAGGUAUAUUAUUGUAUCAAAAAUGUAUUCGUUGUUUUCAGGUCACAUCUGUAACCAAACAUGCAGAACUUUGUUUCAUGUGUUUCACUUUCAAUAUAAUUCAUGUAUCCGCUCUAAA